AUGGAAUUUCUUGAAUGUAUUAAACUUUAUGCUAAUAAACCAACAAAUACUUUAGUAACUACAUCAAUAAAUAAACCUGAAAUAAUCAAUUGGAAUGAACGAUUACAAAUUAUACGUCGUUCAGUAAUAGAUCAAUUAAGUCGAUUAAAAAUUGAAGAAGUAUGUCUACGAAAUUUAGUUUUAAAAAAUGAACAAACUAAACGUACACAUUCAACAAUAUCUAUUUCAACAAUAAAUUCCAAUCAACAAAAUUUAUUAACAAAUAAUGGAAAACGCUUUUGUACAAUGCCAACAAAUAAUUUUGAUGUUGAAACAAUUAAUCAAACUGAACUUGAUCUUGACUCUUAA